AUGGCGUUUGAAGAUCCUACAAUGGAGAAAGGGACAACUUCGAGGGCAUCAUCCGGACCUUCGUAUGAGGUUUUUCUAAGCUUUCGAGGACCCGAUACCCGUCAUGGAUUCACCGAUUGUCUUUACCAUGGCAUGACUAGUGCCGGGAUCCUCGUAUUCAGGGAUGAUGAAUCCCUUCGCGUUGGCGAAAGAAUUGGUGGUGAACUUCUGCAAGCAAUUGAGAAGUCCAAGAUCUAUAUUCCCAUAUUUUCCACAAAUUAUGCUUCGAGUCAUUGGUGCCUCCGCGAGCUCACAUACAUGGUAGAGUGCACCUCAAAAUCAAAUGACAGCAAAGAGAUUCUGCCCAUUUUCUUCAACGUGGAACCUGCUGAUGUCAAACUUAAAACAAAAUUAUAUAGCCAAGCCCUUUCAAAGUAUGAGAAGCAGUUUAGCACUGAAGUAGAGUCAUGGGAAAAGUCUCUUAUCGAGGUGGACGAGAUAAAGGGGUGGAACUUGAAGAAAGAUGAAGGGUAA